ACACUACAAUCUCGCUCUAAUCAUUCGUGCAUUUUACCUGCCAUUAGUGGCACGUUCCAUAUUAGCUAUUAGAAAAAUUUCACCACAUGAAUAAGACACCGUAAAGCUCAUUUCAAACAUUUCUCUGAAAUAAUGAUUUAUUAAAUACAUGUAUCUAAUUAUAGAAAGUAUAGAGAAAAACAGCAGAUUGUGAAAGUGAUGCUCAUUCGACCUCUUGAUCCAAGCAGAUUCGAGACAUUUUAUGUAAUUUUUUAACGUGCGUUAUUCACUUCUUACAAAAUGUCAAAGCAAGAAGAAGAAAGGGAGAAACUCAAAUGGAUACAACUGCGAGAAGAUAUGGACCAGGUUCUGGUCAAGGAAUCCACUAAAGACAAAAUCAUACGUCGCUGCAAAGAGAAUCCGUUUGUUCCUAUUGGAGCUGUAGCAACAGUCACAGCGUUUCUUGUGGGUAUUAAUAGCUUUCGCAAAGGUGACAAAAUAAUGUCACAGAAGAUGAUGCGUGCCAGAGUGUUUGCACAGAGCUUCACAAUAGUGGCUAUGGUAGGUGGUGUGUUCUUCACUGCAACGAAAAAAUCAUAAAGGAACUUCGCACAUUAAGUUCAAUAUAUAUUGUUUAAUAUAUACAGUCGCGAUAGUAGUCUCAAUGGAUAAAUUCUAUUUCUAUUUUUGAACUUUAAUGAAUUUGCAAAUAAACGUUCUUAGUCUUAAA